AUGCAGUCCGAAACCCAGCCUGCUGAGCAGCCUGUCGAGAAGGGAUGCGCUUCUGAUCAGGCUUCUGAGCAGGCCGUCAAGAGAACCAGCACUUUCGACCAGAGUCUCUACCCAUUCGACACCGCCCAAGACCAGCUCGAGCUGAGCAAGCUGCUCAAGAACAUCAAACAUGACCUCACUCUCCACGGCGUCGUGUCCCUGGGCACAGAUGGCAUUUUUCGCUCCCUCACGGCCGACCGUGAGGUUGUUGACGCUGUCCCCUUCUCGCCACGCCAGAUCAAGGCUCUUCUCGACCGCAUGCCUUUCAACCCGGAAAACGAGACCAAGUUUCGCGGCGUCGACGGCCGAGGCGUUCCACAAGAGCAGUGGUUCCACCCCGAUAAGAGCCUGCUGCCACCACCACUGCCGCUGACUGAUGAGCAACGGAGGUUCGGAGAGGCUAACAAGGAGAAGAAUAGAAAGAUGCUUGAGGAGAGGGCGAAUAGACCCCGAUGCCCACUUCGAAUUGUGUCGGACCAUGACCUUGGACUGAGGGUGGCCCCUGGCAAGGAGGGAAACUGA